AUGUUGGGCAAAAUUGCAAACGUGAUUGGUACAAGGAUCCCCCCUGCUCCGCCGCAUGUGCAGACUCUUCCUGUCUGCCAUGCUCCCAUUCUCGUCCCUUCCAGACCGGUCGUUAACAUUCAGCAGCCGACAAUUCCAUGGAAUCCAAGUUCUGCGCCCCUUUAUGCCUCCAAUCUUACUCCUCUGCCGGCUCCCUCCGCAACUCCUCAAGCCGCACUUUCUCAGAAUUGCAAGGUUGUCAAUCUUGGUGGCGAAGACUUCGCAUUCGACAAGACUCAAGUGCCGGAUCCGCCCAGUAUCCACUUCUCCGAUGACAUUCCGAGGCUCUUCCGAGAGUGGCACUCCUCCACCGUGCUCCGAAUUCCCAUCAACACCGGAUGCAGUAUCCCCAUCAAGUACUGGGACCUCUUCUACAAGAAGAAGAGCAGUGUGCCUGGCAAGGAGAAGGCAUGGGGCCGAGUGAGGAUGAAAUGGGGGAACUGGAAGUUUAUUGUCGAGGAGCGUGAUGAGCUCGGCUCCGACGACGCAUUCUGGGACGUCUACAGCAACGAGAAUGGAGAGCGGCUGCGCUAUCAGCAAAUCCUCGACAAGCUCAAGGCAAGACGGGCGGAUCGGAGUGCUUGCAAUGCUGCCGCCGCUCGCUCGUAUUUCGAUGGGAAUCUUGAACGAGCGGAUGCGAAUGGUGCAUUCUGA